UCUUCCUUGGGAGCUUGUGGGAGCUUGCUGUGAAUUUUGCUCUUAAGGCCCAGUCAGAAUAGCGAAACUCAACGAAAUUACUCUGAGGUCAGGUUCAAUCCAAGAAGUUACUAUUAGUCGAUGUGGCAAAUUGGCUUGUUCAAGUUUCAAUAAACUUGCAUCCAAUGUGAAAUCCAUAUAUUGUGUGUGUAAGAGUGGAACACGGUGGCGUCACAGCAGAGUAUGCUGCCCAUCAUAAAUCAAAGCAUGUGACAGACAGUGGUCGGAGGAGAACUCCUGAACAUUUUAACAUAAUGAAGCUCUAGCUCUAGCUCUCUAGGGAUUCUGUGGGGACUAUAGCUCUGUUCACACGACUCAGUGUCUUUUCGUGUUGUAUUUCAUUUAUCUGUACUUCUCUUAGGUGUGAAAGAUCACUGUUCUGAACUCAGCUGCUCUGAGGAUGAACACUGUGGGAAGAGAAAUGGUGUUUAUGGCUGUUUAUGCAACAACAACACUCACAGCCCAAAUUCUGACUCUUUUGAUUUCUCAGAAACCUGUGAAAGCAGCUCUGGCUCCAUGUCUGUGUCUCGCUGUCAGCUCUUUGAGGCUGGUUUUUCAGCUGACAUCUUACACCUCAAUGAUCCUAGCUGCAGAGGAACGGUCCGGAACGGCAGAGUGGAAUUUCAUUUUGAUAACGAUGAACACAUCUGUGGUACAAAUCUUGUGGCCAACGGCACCCACUUCAUCUAUGAUAACUUUAUUCUGGGGACACCAAAAUCAGAAGGCCUCAUCAGCAGAGAGAAAAUUCUGAAGCUUUCUUUCAGUUGCGCUUACCCCCAAACACAAACACUUUCCAUGAAUGUGGAAAUCAACCCACUGGAGAGCAUUGUGCACAAGAGCCUUCCGGCAGGUGAAGGGAGAUAUCGUGUUCGCAUGAUUCCUUAUCAGGAUGAUGAGUUUACGCUGCCCUUCACUGGUGCAGUGGAUGCAGAGCUCGACCAGGAGAUGCAUGUGGAAGUUCGUGUUGAGGGGGUCGACAGCCGACAGUUUGCCCUGGUGACGGACACGUGUUGGGCUACACCUGUGAAUGAUCCCAAUUAUGAUCUACGCUGGGAUCUCAUUGUUCAAGAGUGCCCCAAUCCAGAUGACGAUACAGUGGAGCUGCUGCAGAACGGCGUCUCAACAUCCAGCCGUUUCUCCUUCAGGAUGUUUAUCUUCACUGCAAACUCCACUAAGCUUUACCUGCACUGUGCUGUUCAUCUUUGCCUUCUGUCAAGCAAUCGCUGCUCAACGAACUGUACCUCUGGACCGCACUGGAGAGAGCGCAGGUCUCUGGACUUCUAUGACAGUGCUUCCAUAUCCAUGGGUCCUCUGAUGUUGUCUGAAGGAAAAACAGAUGAGUUGGUCCCAGAGCAAGUGAAGGUAUCUGAGGCUUCUUGUCUUUGUGCUUCCCUGAUGGUGUUUCUUGUUCCUCUGAUGAGUGUCUUGAUCAUCUUUUAGUAUAUUUCAACAAGAAAAUUGACAAGAUUUAAGAUGCAUAUUAUCUAAUGCCAUUUUAAUGAAGGUGGCACUGAUGCCACACUGGUUGUGGGUUCCUAAAUGUUUCUUUAUUUCAUAGCAAUUAUGUUAUAUGGCAUAAGUGAAUUAGUAUUUAAUCAGUAAUAUUAAUUGUUAUAUACCACAAUAUUAAUCUUAUUUUACUUUAUUAGAAGAUGUGCUACAAUAACAAAGGCAAUCAGAAUCAUGUUUACUCAAAUCAUGUAAAAACA